UUUCAUAAGCACCAACUCUGCCUCUAAUUUUCUAUAUUCUCUCUGUCUCACCCUGCAUUUUAAGCGGAGUCACUAUGGUUUCUACAACUACAAUGCCAUCAUCACUCUCAUUUUUGGUCCACAUGGUUCCUCUCUUUUCUCUUUUACUCUCAUUCAUGAUUUGCAGUAGUAGUAAUGCUCAAGGUUUACCUUCACCAGGGUACUACCUUAGUUCCAAAGUAAGCACUAUUAACUUUGAUCAAGGAUUUAGAAACCUUUGGGGACCUCAGCAUGAAAAACUAGACCAAGGAUCAGUAUCAAUCUGGCUUGACUCUAACUCAGGAAGUGGAUUCAAGUCGCAUCACUCUUAUAAAUCUGGAUACUUUGGUGUUGCGGUUAAGCUUCAACCGGGUUAUACCGCAGGAGUCAUUACAUCUUUCUAUCUUUCAAACAAUCAAGACUACCCGGGAAAUCAUGAUGAAAUAGACAUUGAAUUCCUAGGUACAACACAAGAUAAGCCAUAUGUGUUGCAAACAAAUGUGUACAUCAAAGGAAGUGGAGAUGGGAAGAUUAUAGGAAGAGAGAUGAAAUUUCAUCUUUGGUUUGAUCCAACUCAAGAUUUCCACAACUAUGCCAUCUUGUGGAAACCCAGUGAGAUCAUUUUUUUAGUGGAUGAUGUUCCAAUAAGAAGGUAUCCUAGGAAGAGUGAUUCAACAUUCCCUUCAAGACCAAUGUAUGUGUACGGUUCAAUAUGGGAUGCAUCUCCAUGGGCUACAGAGAAUGGAAAAUACAAAGCAGAUUAUAAUUAUCAACCCUUCAUUGGUAAAUACAAAAAUUUCAAAUUACAAGGUUGUACCAUUGAUUCCACCUCCUCCUCGUGUCGGCCGCCUUCUGUUUCGCCUUCCGGAUAUGGCGGCAAGAUGAGCCUUCAACAAAAUACUGCAAUGCAAUGGGUCCAAAAUAAUUACUUGGUCUAUAAUUAUUGUCACGAUCCCCAGAGAGACCAUACACUUACUCCAGAAUGCUAAAAUUUGGUUAAGUUCGGUUCGGUUCAAUUUGGUUAAUGUUUUAAAGUUACAUUGUACACUUGAAUUUAAAUGCAUAAACAAAACAUAUUGUAGUAAUUCAUGGAGUGGUUUUUGAGAUGGUCCCACAUGCUAGUGAAAAGUCACUAAUUACAUGAGUAGUGAGCAUCCAACCCCUACAAGAAAAAGAAAUGAUUGAGAGAUGUUUGUGUGUAAUACUAUUGCUAGAAUCCCCCUUAUAACUUUAGUACUAUUGCUGAUGAAAUGAAAAAUCUAUUUGGAUGCUCUUUUCUAAUAAUGGUUAAGGUGUUAUUAUAAAA